UGUGUUUUCCCGAGCACAUAUCACGCUGGUGAAUUGUUCACGAAACAUGCGGGUGACGAUGGCAGUGAGAAGCUUUCGGAGUGUCGUUGCUGCAGCGGUGUUCAUAGCGACGUUGUGCCUGCAGUAUCGAAGUGCGGAAGGACAGGCCUUGCCUCGACGGAUUUACACCGGUAUCAGCGGGAACGAGAACUACCGAUCACUGCUGUCGACGCUCUCUUCACUGACGGUUGGGGUGGUGAAAUUUUUGCGGGAGGGCGAAAUUUACCAGCACGCCGAACCACCGGACAUGACGCCGGGACCGGAUGCCGAGUACGACGUGAUCGUCGUAGGGGCCGGAAGCGCAGGCGCGGUCAUUGCGAGUCGGCUGACGGAGGUUCCGGAGCUCAAGGUGCUGCUCCUCGAGGCCGGGAGGAGCGAGAAUCUGAUAAUGGACAUCCCCCUGCUGGUCAACUACCUGCAGUUCAGCAACGACGUCAACUGGAAGUACCGGACCGAGCCCUCGGACAGCUACUGCCUGGGGAUGAAGGACCGGAGGUGCAACUGGCCGAGGGGCAAGGUGAUGGGGGGCAGCAGCGUCCUCAACUACAUGAUCGCGACCCGCGGCGACAAGCGGGACUACGACAGGUGGGCGGAGUUGGGGAACGUCGGAUGGUCUUACGACGAGGUGCUUCGCUACUUCAAGAAGAUGGAGAACAUCGGGAUCCCAGGGCUGAGGGUCGACGAGGAGAUGCACAACACCGAAGGCCCCAUGGCGAUAAACUAUCCGACCUUCCACACGCCCCUCGCGACGGCCUUCCUCCAGGCCGGGGAAGAGCUCGGCUUCGACAUCCAGGACUACAACGGAAGGACCGAGACCGGAUUCUCCUACAUCCAGACGACGACCGCCAACGGAUCGCGGGUCAGCACGAGCAGAGCUUAUCUUCACCCCGUCAAGACUCGGAGGAACUUGUUCGUCAGCAAGAACAGCCUGGUGAGCAAGGUGCUCGUCGACCCGAGAGACAAACGGGCCGUCGGCGUCGAGUUCUACAAGAACAACCGGAAGUUUGCCGUCAGGGCGAGAAAAGAAGUCGUUCUCAGCGCCGGGACGAUCGGCUCCGCUCAGAUUCUCAUGCUCAGUGGAAUCGGGCCGGCCGAGCAUCUCGCCGACAUCGGGAUUCCGCUGGUCAAGGACGCGCCGGUCGGCAAGAACUUGAUGGACCACAUCGCCUACGGCGGUUUCAUCGCCCUCGUCGAUCAGCCCGCCUCGAUAAUCACCAGGGACAUAAUGAACCCCGUGAAACCCUACAUCGCCGACUACUUGACCAAUCGUCAAGGCCCUCUGACGGUUCCGGGAGGCUGCGAAGCUCUGGCCUUCCUCAACACCGACACACCCAACGACCACCGCAGCUGGCCAAACGUCGAGUUACUCUUCCAAGGUGCCUCGCUCGGCUCCGACCAAGGAGUCCGUCGCGGAUUCGGAAUAUCUGACCAAUUUUGGUCCCGGACAUACCGAGAGAUCGAAAAUCGACACUCCUGGAACAUUCUUCCGAUGCUGAUGAGACCGCUGAGUCGCGGUGAGAUUCUCCUGAGGAACAGGAACAUCAGAUCCCCGCCGAGAAUAAUUCCGAACUACAUGAGCCACCCGGAAGAUGUGCGCGUCAUGGUGGCCGGAAUCCGCGCCGCCCAAAACGUGACUCGCACGAAGGCCAUGCGGCAGUUCGGCUCGAAGCAGUUCGACGUCCAGUUUCCCGGAUGUCAAAGGUUUACCUACGACUCGGACGGCUACUGGGAAUGCGCCGCCCGCACUCUCACCUUCACCAUUUACCAUCAUUCUGGCACCGCUAAAAUGGGUCCUCCGGGCGAUCCAACCGCCGUCGUUAAUCCCAGACUUCAGGUUUACGGCGUUAAGGGGCUGAGAGUCGCGGACGCAUCGAUAAUUCCGGAGAUUCCAACGGCGCACACGAACAUCCCGGUAAUUAUGAUCGGCGAGAAGCUGGCCGACAUGGUGAAAGAAGAUUGGGGCUAUACGACGGAUGGCUGGGAGAGAUCGGCGAGAUCGGCGAGACGAGGAUGAGGAUUCCUCGGGAUUUCGAAGCUCGGUUGGCGCUAAGGAGUCUGGCGCAGUUGCGAAAACAAGCGGAGCUGAUCUUUCGAUGAAAUUCCGGUCGCCUCGACUUCCGAGGGCGGAAAGAGCUUGGCAAAAUUUCGGGAAAUGGCGGAUGCUCGCCCGUUUAUAAAUCCUCUGAUUCCAAAAUUGGCGAGCGAUUUUCGAAAUUCCAAUGACGAGCGAGAUUUCAAAGUCACGAAGAAGUCUUGAGCAAUACGAAAAUCGCGAUCAUUCGACGGUUCAAAAAAGCGAAGAGAAAAAAUUCGGAAACGCGUAAAAAGGGAGAGAGAAUAAACGAGGAACAAAGAAGAUCAAAUUUAAUAAUGCAAAAAUCAAAAUUAAUCGAUUAAAUUAAAAGUAGAUUAGUUUCGCGCGUUUUGGUACUUAAUAUUUUUGUCGACGGUGCGAUGAAAGUUAGAACUAAUUUUUCGAACAACACGCUUAUUUCUAUAGCUAAACGUGAAGCGACUUCACCUCCGACAGCUUUUCGUACAGAGCUUCCGCAAUCGAGGAAUAAUCAGUGCAUCGUUUUUAUUUUGUCCUGAGUGCUAUUGUCGAAAUGGGGAGAAAAUAGUGCAAUAAUCAAAAACUUUGAUCUGGUGUUACGAUAGAUAUUUAUAUACAAUAAUUAGAAUUAGAAAUAUUUAUACAUAAACUGUACAUAGAUAUACGUAUAUUUAAUAUCAUUCACGCAUGCAUUUUUAUUAUUAAUUAAGCGUCAGCAUUUUUCGAAUCGACGGGAAACACUGUGUUUGGUUGAAAAAAAAAAAAAUCAAUGGAAUAUCAAAAUUUGAAUUUUGUACAAGCGUUUGUUUCACUUUAGUUCAACCCGGUCUCGAUUAUGUCAUUACAUUCAUCAACGAUUGAGAAAAAUCACUGAAAUGAUUAAUAAUGAUUAAGAAAACUCAUUAUCGCCUAACAAAUAGAAGAACCAUGAGGAUGGAUGGUAGCUCGUUUGCUGGAUUACUCUUUCCUCCGUCAUUUCAUUUUUUCGAAAUAAAGAGAAUCAGGCUACUCGAGUCCGAAACAACGAAAUGUCAUUUAAAUAUCGCGUAUCGAUUGGUAUUUAUCAAUACAUUUUCUAUCGUUACAAGUUCACAUUUAUUGAAGAACGCGGAAAGAGAAACUUCUUCGUGAACGUCAGGAGGAAUAAAUUUUAACGAAAUAUUCAAGAA